AUGAUAUUCAUUCGGGACGGCAUUCCAUACAGCUCAAGAACAGAUUUAAUGAGCAAGGUUUGCGAAUCAAGCUGUAUUGAAGAUGUUAGACCGAAAUGUAAAACGCUCUUGGUGUGGACAGUUUAUAGAGCGCCUGAUGUGAAUCUCGACAUUUUUAUUGAGGAUUUAAGCCAUUCUCUGCACACAUCUGAGGAUGUUCAUACGAUUUUACUCGGGGAUUUUAAUGUGGAUAUGCAAACUUUGGGAAAGGUUACAAACAAGGAACAAAGGCGUAAACUGUCUAAGUUAUUAUCUAUUCAUAAUUUUGAGCAGUUUAUAGCAGACCCCACGAGAGUUACUGAAACGUCGUCUACAUUGAUCGAUUUAUUGUCGACCGUGGUGUUUUUCCACUGGACCUUAGCGAUCAUUCGUUAA